AUGUCAUUGAUUGAGAAUUUGGAAUCUUUAGACUCGAAGGAAAUUUAUUUUAUUUCGCACCAAACUGUUAUUCGUCCAGACAGCAUCACAACAAAGGUACGCGUUGUUUUCGACGCAUCAGCUAGGACAACUCAAGGUACUUCGCUAAAUGAUAAAUUGUUGGCAGGACCCAAUCUACAAAAGGAUCUAUUUCAAAUAAUACUCAGAUUUCGUUCGCAUAAAUACGUCUUGACGGGCGACAUAGAGAAGAUGUUUAGACAGAUAUGGAUUCAUCCGGAAGAUAGAACACUGCAGCUUAUUUUAUGGCGGCCGGAUUCAAAACAGAACACGCAAGUUUACCAGUUGAAUACUGUCACCUAUGGCACUGCAUCCGCUCCGUUUCAUGCAAUGAGAUGUUUGCAAGAACUCGCAACAAUCUAUAAAGAAGAGUACCCUUUAGCAGCAAAGGCAAUAAGAGAAGAUUUUUAUAUGGACGAUGUCCUGACAGGAGGUAAGACGCAACAGGAAGUUAUACAGCUGCAGCAGCAACUUUCGCAACUUCUCAUGCAAGAUAAAGAAGAAGCGAUUAAGACCUUAGGAUUAUAUUGGAAUUCGAAACAAGACACAUUACAGUAUCAAGUUAAAUUGUGCCAUACUUCAGUUAACUCCAAGCGCGAGGUUUUAUCUGAGAUCUCACAAAUAUUUGACCCAUUAGCUUCUAGGUCCUCUGCUCAUUCGAGGAAAAAUUUUCAUGCAGCAGUUGUGGUCAUCAAAGAUAGAAUCAAAGAAGUCAGGCUUUGGAGCGACAGCACUAUUGUACUCGGUUGGAUCAAAACAGAACCACGCCUACUCAAAACUUUUGUGGCAAACCGAGUUGUCAAGAUUCAAGAAUUAACGGAAGACACAACGUGGCAACAUGUAAUCUCAGAAGAAAACCCAGCCGAUCUGCUCUCACGAGGAAUGACCGUAGAGGAAUUAAAGAUUUGCAACCUCUGGUGGAACGGGCCAAGUUGGCUUAAGAAUCAUAAAUCUCAACCCGCCCUAAUCGCAAAGCCAGAAUCACACUUGCCAGAGUUAAAAUCAACUGUGGUGCUAUUAGCUACACACGACUCGGAAUUACUACAAAAAUAUUCAUCAUUCUCGAAACUGUGUCGAAUCAUCGCAUAUUGUCAGCGUUUUUUAAUUAAUUCAAGAGGCAAGAAAAGGAUUGGACCGCUGGAAGUGGCGGAAAUACAGCAAGCAGAGGAAACUGUGAUCAGAUGGUUGCAAGCGGAAUGCUUCGCACAGGAACGUAGAUGUCUAAAAACAAAACAGGAUCUUCCACGAAAGAGUCCUAUAAAGUCUCUAAGACCCUUUCUGGAUGAGAAGGGCUUGAUCCGAGUCGGAGGCAGACUCAGAUACGCCGAACUAACGGGAGAUCAGAAGCACCCGCUAAUAUUGCCAGCAAAACAUUAUCUUACUCAUUUGAUAAUGCGAGAGGAACAUUAUCAUAUGCGACAUUGUCCACCCGAACAGCUCCUACAUAUCAUUAGACAAAGAUUUUGGCCUGUGAGUGGCCGCAGAGAAGCGCAAAAGGUGGUUAAAAGGUGUCUGAAAUGUUUCCGAUUUAACCCAACCACACCAGAUGUACCGAUGGGAGACUUACCGAAGGAGAGAGUCAAAAUGUAUACACGCCCCUUCACGGUAACCGGUGUAGACUACGCUGGCCCGCUGCAGAUUCGAGAGAGCAGACGUCGUGGGAAGCCUCGCAUAACAAAAGGUUACGUGGUAGUCUUUACCUGCUUUAGUACAAAAGCAGUACAUCUAGAACUAGUAUCAGACCUAUCAACAGAGGCUUUUUUAGCCACUCUGAGACGUUUCACAGCACGCCGAGGAAUAUGUUCUCAGAUUUUCUCAGAUAACGGCACUAAUUUUGUUGGUGCCGCAAACACCUUAAAGGACAUACAAAAGUUUCUGAUCAAGGCUACACCGGAAAUCGCCGCUUUCUUAUCUAAACAGAAGAUAGUAUGGCAGUUCAUCCCCCCUCGAUCGCCCCAUUUUGGAGGCCUAUGGGAGGCUGCGGUGAAGAAGAUGAAACGUCACUUAUACACCGAAACUCAAGGAAAGGUGCUCUUGUACAAAGAAUAUCACACUCUCCUAUGUGAUAUUGAAGCAAUCCUCAACUCCAGACCCUUGACUCCUUUAACAAAUGAUCCUUCUGAUCUUCAAGUUUUGACUCCUGCUCACUUCAUUACGGGUGAAUCCUUAAUACAGCCUGCAGAGCCAUCCUACAACCUCAUUCCUGAUAAUCGUUUAUCAAAAUGGCAACACUUGCAAAAGACGCGUCAACGGAUUUGGGUCCGUUGGCAACGAGAAUAUCUACAAGAAUUACAAACCAGAAGCAAAUGGCAUACUGCUGGCAAGCGCAUAGAAUUAAAUACACUUGUCUUAAUGAUGGAGGACAACACCCCCCCUCUAAGAUGGCCACUGGGAAGGGUGAUCCAGGUGUAUCCAGGACCAGAUGAAGAAAUACGAGUGGCUAUGGUGAAGACACAAUCCGGAACGUAUAAACGCGCCGUCAAGAAGCUGUGUCCGCUACCCAAAGACUCCUUGGAAGAAGAUUAA